GCGCACGCGCGGGCGACAGCUCGGGGCGUUCGCGGCCUGACGGUUGCUAGGGUGACAGGGACACAACAUGGCGGCCGGAUCCUAACGCUCUCCUUCAAGGGACCACCACGGAGAUCCUACUGCGGGACCCCGCCUCAGGGAAGUGGAAAGCAGGGGGCACCCUUCCUGCCUCUUUCUUUUACGUGGAGUGUCGGCAAACGGUUGUAGCCGGCUUCCGUGACCAAGAUGAAGAGAGCUUCCUUCUGAAACAGAUGCCUGAAGGUAACUGCCUUUCUCUGAUCUCUGCUACAAGGAUGAGCCGUGUGUAUAACGGAGAAGGCUCAUGGACUGUUCUCUGCCAAGGCUUUUGCAGUCUUACUUUCCAAUUAUUUGGGCUGUAGAAGCUUUUACAACUGAUCAGCUGGGCCCUCUGUGGGACCGGGGAAGGUGAAUUUCAGGAGAGUCCUUGGACUAGGCUGCUGGAACAAUGUGACAUCAGCCUGGAGCCUAAGCCCACACUUGUGCCCACCCCUGGGGAAGAAUUCCACCUCUGCUGCUCCUCUGCUUUCUGAAUCUUGUAGGGUAUCGGGUAGCUGAGCCUCUCCUCACUGGCCAGGAUCCAGACUAUAAAGCAAUUGGCAAAAUAGGAGAGGGAACGUUUUCUGAAGUUAUGAAGAUGCAAAGCCUGAGAGAUGGAAACUACUAUGCAUGUAAACAAAUGAAGCAGCGCUUUGAAAGUAUCGAUCAAGUCAACAGCCUACGAGAGAUCCAAGCACUGAGGCGCCUGAAUCCACACCCAAACAUUCUUACGUUGCAUGAAGUGCUUUUUGACAGAAAAUCUGGUUCUCUUGCACUAAUAUGUGAACUUAUGGACAUGAAUAUUUAUGAGCUAAUACGAGGGAGAAGAUACCCAUUAUCAGAAAAGAAAGUGACGCACUAUAUGUACCAGUUGUGUAAGUCCCUCGACCACAUUCACAGAAAUGGAAUAUUUCACAGAGAUGUCAAACCAGAGAAUAUCCUCAUAAAGCAGGAUGUCCUGAAGUUAGGGGACUUUGGCUCCUGCCGGAGCGUCUAUUCCAAGCCGCCGUACACGGAAUACAUCUCCACCCGCUGGUACCGGGCCCCGGAGUGUCUCCUCACUGACGGCUUCUACACAUACAAGAUGGACCUGUGGAGCGCCGGCUGCGUGUUCUACGAGAUCGCCAGUCUGCAGCCCCUCUUCCCUGGAGCAAAUGAAUUGGACCAAAUCUCAAAAAUCCAUGAUGUCAUAGGCACACCUGCUCAGAAGACCCUCAGCAAGUUCAAACAGUCGAGAGCUAUGAAUUUUGAUUUUCCUUUUAAAAAGGGAUCAGGAAUACCUCUACUGACAACCAAUUUGUCCCCACAAUGCCUCUCCCUCCUGCAUGCAAUGGUGGCCUAUGAUCCCGAUGAGAGAAUCACCGCCCACCAGGCCCUGCAGCACCCUUACUUCCAAGAACAGAGGAAAACAGAGAUGCGGGCCCUGGGCAGCCGCAGAAAAGUCUGCUUUUCAGAGCACGCUAUGGCACUGGAACCACUCAGUAACAGCUGGCAGAUUUCAAAGGACGGCAGAAAGCAGAAACAGUUGCUAAAGCAAGAGGACGAUCAUCCCAAGGGAGAAGGGCCAGCCCACACCAUGGAGCUGCCCAAACUGAAGCUUCCAGGGCUGACCAAACUCGCGUCUUACUCCAGCCCCGCACUGCAGUCUGCGCUUGGAGCUGGAACAAGGGGGAAGGUGCCGGUGCUGAGACCCUUGAAGUUCAUGGGCGCGAGCAAGAAGACAGAUCCACGGAAGGACCUUAAGCCUGGCCUGCAGCAGUGUCGCCUGCCCACCAUAACACGGAAAGGUGGAGGGUACUGAGCAGUGGGGUUGUCUUGGCUUCCCAACACACUGGGCCCACCUGCGCCAUCUGCUCACAAGAUGCCACGGAGGGCUUGGGAUGCGCCUGCGGCAGCUUUGCACUGGCCCCCCAUGCCCAUGGCCCACGCAGCUGCCCUGGAUGUUCUGAGCUAAUAUAUUUGUAAAACCACCGCUUUCUAGGGUUUUCUUUCGUUUUCGUAACUAAGAAUUAGGGGCAGGGAAUAUUUUGUAACUUUUUAUACGAAUCAGAACAAAUGAGCAGGAAUGUCUGGAUGUGCUAGUGAGGUGUGGUUGGGAGGUGGGCUCUGCCUGUCCCAGUGCAUCAAUCACGGAGCACAUCACGUCUUACCAGGGAUGCUACUGGAGACCCCUCACUUUUAUUAAAGAAUGAGCUGUCUUUACACUGUUUCA